GGCCUCCUCCUACGUGUGUGUUUGAGUUUCACUUCAGAGCCGAAUUGAAUUCCUAUUGGUCCAGUCCGGCCUCUCCCUCGUGAUCCGUCUCUUGUUCGCAGGUUUCCUGGUCAGUGCGUCUGAUGCUCGAGUCGGAGUAACGUCUCUGUGGAUAAUCUCAUUGAGCUGUUCUUCUGAAUACAUCGAUAUGAAGGCGCUAACGGGGCUGCUGCUGUUGGUCUUUGGUCACGGUGUGUCCUCAGUGCUUCACUCUCUGCAGUAUUUCCUCACGGGGUCGUCUGGACUCACAGCCUUCCCAGAGUUUGUUGUUGUUGGGAUGGUGGAUGGAGUUCAGAUUAACUACUAUGACAGCAACACCCAGAGAGUAGUCCCCAAAGAGGACUGGAUGGAGCAGGUCAUCAGAGAUGACCCCAACUACCUGGAGAGGAACACUGGAACGGCUCAGGGUACCCAGCAGGUCUUCAAAGCCAACAUUGGGAUUGCCAAGCAGCGCUUUAACCAGACAGGAGGUGCCCACAUGUUUCAGUUCAUGUGUGGUUGUGAGUGGGAUGAUGAGGAUGAUUCUACUGAUGGUUAUCACCAGUUUGGUUAUGAUGGAGAGGACUUCAUAGCGUUCGACCUGAAGACCCUGACCUGGGUCGCUCCAGUACGUCAGGCUGUCACCACCAAACUGAGAUGGGAUCAGGAUAGAGCUCUGAAUCAACACAGGAAGAACUACCUCACCAAGGAGUGUGUUGAUUGGCUGAAGAGGUACCUGGCCUAUGGGAAGAGCACUCUGCAGAGAACAGAGCGUCCGCUGGUGUCUCUGCUCCAGAGGAGCCCCUCCUCCCCAGUGGUGUGCCAUGCUACAGGCUUCUACCCUGACAGGGUGGUGGUGUUCUGGAGGAGAGACGGCCAGGAGCUCCAUGAGCAGGUGGACCCCGGGGAGGUCCUCCCCAACCACGACGGGACCUUCCAGGUCAGCGUGGACCUGAACCUCACGGCCGUCCCACAGGAGGACUGGGGGAGGUACGAGUGUGUGGUCCAGCUGAAAGGCAUCGAGGACAUCUCCACCCCCCUGGACCCCGACCUCAUCAGGACCAACUGGGGUUUCCUGGUCAGUGCGUCUGAUGCUCGAGUCGGAGUCACGUCUCUGUGGAUAAUCUCAUCGAGCUGUUCUUCUGAAUACAUCGAUAUGAAGGCGCAAAGAGGGCUGCUGCUGUUGGUCUUUGGUCACGGUGUGUCCUCAGUGCUUCACUCUCUGCAGUAUUUCUACACGGGGUCGUCUGGACUCUCAACCUUCCCAGAAUUUUUUGCUGUUGGGACGGUGGAUGGAGUUCAGUUUGAGUACUAUGACAGCAACACCCAGAGAAUAGUGCUCAAACAGGACUGGAUGGAGCAGUACACCAGAGAUCACCCCAACAUCCUGGAGGCGGAAACUGGAAACUAUCUGGGUUACCAGCAGACCUUUCAAGCCGACAUAGGGAUUCUGAAGAAGAUCUUUAACCAGACAGGAGGUAUCCACAUAUAUCAGAACAUGUUUGGUUGUGAGUGGGAUGAUGAGGAUGAUUCUACUGAUGGUUAUGAACAGCAUGGCUAUGAUGGAGAGGACUUCAUAUCGUUGGACCUGAAGACCAUGACCUGGGUCGCUGCAGUACCUCAGGCUGUCAGCGUCAAACAGAGAUGGGAUCAGAAUAAAGCUGAACUACUAAGCUUGAAGAACUACUACACCCAGGAGUGUGUUGGUGGGCUGAAGACGCUCCUGUCCUAUGGGAAGAGCACUCUGCAGAGAACAGAGCGUCCGCGGGUGUCUCUGCUCCAGAAGCCCUCCUCCCCAGUGGUGUGCCAUGCUACAGGCUUCUACCCUGACAGGGUGGUGGUGUUCUGGAGGAGAGACGGCCAGGAGCUCCAUGAGCAGGUGGACCCCGGGGAGGCUCCCAACCACGACGGGACCUUCCAGGUCAGCGUGGACCUGGACCUCACGGCCGUCCCACAGGAGGACUGGGGGAGGUACGAGUGUGUGGUCCAGCUGAAAGGCAUCGAGGACAUCUCCGCCCUCAUCAGGACCAACUGGGAGGUCCAGAGUGGCAUCACCAUCCCCAUCAUCAUUGGGUUCGUUUUUCUCCUCCUCGCUGCUGCUGCUGCUGCUGUUGGAGUCCUUCUGUACAAGAAGAGGAACGCUUCAGACAAGCGACACAAACCAGUUGGUUCUGACACCAGCUCUGAGAACACUGAGGGGCAGAAUCCGGCUCCUGAGGCCCAACCUCUGACCACAGGUUAAAGUUAAAUCAUGAAGAGGCUUCUCAUGUUCAGCUUCCUAAAGCAGGAUGGAGUGGAUCGCUGUUCAUUCAUAAUCCUUACAAUCAGGCUUGGGACUUCAGCUAACUAAACAUGCUACAUUUGCUAAAUUACAACUCCCCAAGCAAUGUUAUACUUAAAAGGAGCAAGUAAGUUACAUAUUAAUUUAGUCUUUCGGCCUGUAGCAUAUAAACAAAAUGAAGCAUAAUCCUAACUGCAUUUGAAGUAGACAUUGAGACUCACAAAAAAUAUACGCUAUAAGACAGUGAUCAUGAUUUGUCUCAAUAUCAGAAUAACAACAAUGGGUCAAAUAGCAAUGGCUGGUGGAAUGGCCACGAAGUAGGUCUGUAUAUGCAGUGUAAGCUUGUCCAGGCCCUGCAAGUCAGGAUGUAGGCUAUGAGUCUGAAUGAAUUGUAGGUAAAUAGGUAGUGGCCAUCCCCCGAAAGGCACAAGUAUACAGGAAAUCGAAUCUAUUCCAAAAUAAAUAUGGGGGGGGGGGGGGGGGUUAAUCAAACUUGCCAGUGAGUUUGAUUAAUUCACUGGCAAUACCUUGGGUAUUGCCAGUGAGUUUAACAUUUAAUUUAGGGGCCUCUAAAUUAAAUGUAUUAUUAUUAUUAUUAUUAUUAAAUCUGCAAACAAUAUUUCACUGACACCUGGAAACCAUGGCAACACAACCUCCCAAUGAUGGUAAUUUUGCUUUUUGUUCCGACCGCUUCGUGUUAUAACAUUUUACUUAUUUAAUAUAUAUUAUAAUAUAUGAUAUUAAUAUAAUAUUAUAAUAAUAUAAUAUUGUUUAAUAUGUUUAAAAUAGAGCUGUCAGUUAAACGCGUUAUUAACGGCGUUAACGCAAACCAAUUUUAACGGCGUUAAAAAAAUUAUCGCGCGAUUAACGCAAUUCUUUUAUUUAAAAAAUAAUAAUUGCACUAUAGGCUUUUUUUGUAUCGUCCUGUUUUGAUCAGUAUAUGCCAAUGUUGUUAUCAAUAAAAAAUCAUUUGCACAAGGCAA